UAUAGGCCUAAUUUUCUUAAUAGAAAACCAGCUGGAAUGAAAAGUAUGGAAAAUGUUUCAGUUGGAGAAACUAUCAUCUUAUUGUUUUGUCUUUCGAUCAAAUUAACUUACUCAACGGUAAUAGAAGAUGAUGAUUGUAAAUCAUGGUGUAUCACAGAAAACAACAAAAAUUGUUCGCAAAUUAUGAAUUGUGGAAUAGAGAAACGACAUGACUGGUAUUUUCCAAAAGGACAUCAUCCACCACCAAAACCAAUAGAUUUUAAGAUUCAAUUGAAAUGUGAUAAUAGAAACAAGUCUGAUAUAAAAUUAGGCCUUCAUAUAUCAUGGAAAAUCAGAGGUGAAUUUAUUGAGAGUGGAUUAGUGACACAUUUCGUUCUACUGUUGGAAGAUAAUGAAUUAUUGAACGAUGAAUUCAUAAAAAUAAUAAUUCCAAAGAAUCUAUCCAAGAAUAGAUACAUAAAAACAGAAUACUUCUAUCACAAAACUGAAGAUACAUUCGAAAUAUACAGAAAUGGAAGAUAUUCUGUCACCAUCUUUUCUGAGCCAAGAAUGACAAAUAGCCAAACUAGUGAUGCCAUCUUACAUGAAGUAGUACCAACUUAUUUUGAAGAUCAAAUUGAAGGAUGUCGGAAUAGUACUUCUGUAACGGUUUCUCCUCCAACCAAUUCUAAUGAAAAAUAUGUGAUAAUGAUAGUAAUAUCAGCUACGUUCUUUACUCUAACACUGAUUGCUUUGGUAGUUGUGUUGAAAAUGUUGCACAAAAAGAAAGACGGCAAUUCAGUGAAAAACAUCUUCAUAUUCCUAAAUCCAGCAGUUUUAGGCAACGAACAGUUAAAAGAAGAAAUCUAUAAGUUUUCCAAACUAUUCUCAAGAAAAGCACAAUUUGAAGUUCGUAUCAAUCUCGAAAAUAACUCAACAAGUGAUCCAAUUUUGCCAAAAAUACAAUCAAACAUAACAUGGGCAGACAUUGUCACUCUCGCAAGUAUUCCAGAUGAUGCGGAAUAUGAUGAAGAAAAAUUUUCAGCUGCGAACAACGCUGUCACCCAUUCCUUGGAGGUUGAUAUCCUAAAGUGGCAACAUUGCUCCAAACAUGUUAUUGUGGUUCAUAGCAAUGAUCUUCAAAAACACAAAAAUUGCCCUUUUCUCAAGAUGCCGAAAAUAACAAAGGUUCAUGUGGGUGGAGGAAAAUGGGAUCGUGUUUACAAGAAGAUAUCAGCAAAUACAAUUGAUGAUACUGUGGAAAGUCAACCCUUAGUAACAAUAGAUUCGAGCAUUGGUACUGAGAGUGGAAAUACUCUCAGGACAUAUUUAGAUACCAACACUGAAGAAAUGGAAUUAUGAUAAUGAAAUUCGUCAAAAUCGUUUACACUUACUAAUCGAUCCCUUGUGAGUGACAAGUAGAAUGAUGACAGUGUGUCAGGUGAUAACUUCUACUAAUAAAUACUGAACAUGAUUGCAAAAGAAACACCGAACUAAUGAGAUUUCAAAUAUUGUUUGCGAGAAUAUGUAAACUUUAUGAGAUAUAUGAAACUUUGAUUGAAAUAAAUUGCGCAAUAACAAGAGUGAUAUAUAGAUCAAUUAGAGAAAUGUAUAUUUUUGUACACCGCAUAUCAAUUGCUAUUACCGAAGCAGUGAUGCAAAAUAAAAUUGCUGCAUGAGAGUAUUAUCAUCGUAUCACUUAACUCAAAGAGGCAUGGAUUGGGAUGAUGCAGUGAUAUGUUUUUGAUGUUAUCAUGGCACAUAGAUCAAGAAUUAAUGUAGAAUAUUGAAAUACAUAUUAUUGUUGAAUUUCUGUGUCUCAUUUUGUAAAUGAUUCUUAAUAAAAGAUUAUUUAUAAAAAUAUAGACAAAGCCUGGGUUAAUGUGUAUGGCAUGAUGUUAUCUAUUUGUGAACUAAAUAUUACAUUACAAAGAUUUAGCAGAAUAAAAAAAAUAAUUUUAACAUAAAAUGUCGGAUUAGGAAUUUAUGCUUGGUGGGGAAAAAUCUGAGUGUUGACAAGGGCCUCACUAAAUUACUCGCCUGUUGCACACCCAUGUCCUACACUAUCUGUCAUUUCUAUGAAGUUUAUUCGCGAAGUUUGCUUCGAAUAUUGCCCACUACAAGCUGUCACUAAUAUUUAAGAAUAUGUAAGGAGCUACUAGGUAUAUAAUUACUGAAGACGGUAAUCUUUCUCAUCCAGCAUUAUCUACCCAAUUUAUUAUAUCUGUGUGAGGUGGUUAGCAUGGGACUUGAACCCGAGAUGUGCCAAUAUAUUUAAGCCUUACGCUUUUUAGGCCAAUGCUCCGACCCUUCUGUUCCUUUUUUAACUGUGAUAAUAUGACACUGUUGACUGCUUGAUGGUGUUGGUUGGCAGGGGACUUGAGAUGUGUUAAUUGGUUGGCAGGGGACCCGAGAUGUGCUAAUUUAUUCAAGUAUACACUUUUAAUCAGUAGACCAGUGGUUCCCAAACUAUGGGUCGCGACCCACUGGUGGGUUGCAAAAGGAAUCUUGGUGGGUCGUGAAAAGAUGUAGAAAGCUU